AUGGCUGCGGCCAAUUCCUCCGCCGCCGCCGCCGCCUCCUCCACCUCCACCUCCACUGCUAAAGCUAAAACCACUAACGCUACAAAGGCCAAAUCUGGCAACGCUGGCAUACUCAAGGUCCAAAAUGUCUCCCCUGCUCUCGCCAAGUUCAUCGGUUCCUCCGAAGCCUCGCGCUCUGGUGCCGUUAAGAAAAUCUGGGAGUACGUCAAAUCGCACAACCUUCAGAACCCAGACAAUAAGAGAGAGAUUUACUGUGAUGACACACUGAAGACCAUUUUUGAUGGCAAGGACAAGGAAGAUGCAUGUUCAUGGCGUCUUCCCUUGGGUGCUGGCCAGUUGGCUUUACUAGUUUGUCAAGCUCUACUAGCAUUGAGCGAAGUUAGGCGCACUGGCAGUACACGGAUAUGCAUUAUUCGUCGUGUGAGUUUGUCAAGCUCUACUAGCAUUGUGCGAGGCUGGGUUCAAGGCAGCACAGAUAUGCGCAACGGCAAGGUGGCUGAUUCUGUUAUGACCAUUAAUUAA